UUAAGUGUGAGUCAAUCCAGAAAACUCUCUCACUUCAAUCUUACGUGUAAGCAUCCUAUUGGUUCCUUAAUAGAUGCCCCGAGAAAACCGAAUCUGCUAAGAAUUUUGUUUUUUCUAAAUCUUUUACAUUUUCAAAAGAAAGUACUAGUAAGUGUUAUUUCGCUUUUAAUGUAUUUAAUUUUUUACUAAUUUUAUUAUCCCCUUUGUAUUGUUAACUUUUCCGAAGAAGACGUAAGGAUUUCGAAAAAAUUUCAUAGAAGUUUGUAUAUAUAUAGAUAGAUAUUGGUACACGGGUUGUCUGUGUUUGUAAAAAGGGGGAAAAAGUUGGCUAAAUUAGGGUUUGAGUGAUUUUGAGGGUUUGAUUCGUUGGUGGCCAUGAGGAAGAGGCUCGAUACCCGAUUCCCUGCUGCGCGGAUUAAAAAGAUUAUGCAAGCCGAUGAAGAUGUGGGGAAGAUUGCCAUGGCUGUUCCUCUUUUAGUCUCAAAAGCUCUUGAGCUCUUUCUGCAAGAUCUUUGUGACCGAACAUAUGAGAUCACCCUCAAGAAAGGAGCAAAAACUAUGAAUUCAUUCCAUUUGAAGCAAUGUAUCCAGAACUUUAAUGUGUUUGAUUUCCUCAAGGAUGUAGUGAGCCGGGUUCCUGAUUUAGGCGGGUCAGAUGGUGGUGCCGAAUCAGCUACAAAAAGAAGGAAAGUUGUUGAAGAAGAUGAUCAUGACAUUGAUGAUGAUAUCAAAAGGAGUAGUCGCAUGCAUGAGACUGCACACACCAGCAGUAGUGGGAGGGGACGAGGCAGGGGUAGGGGUAGAGGCCGUGGUAGAGGUGCACGAGCAGUAGAGCGAGGAGACUCCAAUGUUCAUUGCGAUAAACUUGAAGAUGCUGCUGAUGUUUCAAAUCAAAAUAAUGAGAAGCAAAAGCAAAAUGGUGAAAGGAUGGACUAUGUAGCAGAACCAGCAGAUUCAAAGAACAUUUCGGCUGGUAAAUGCCCAGAAGUUCCUGCUAGAAACUUCGAUCUCAAUAUUGACUUAAAUGAGUGUGUGGAAUCCACAGCAAUACCAGCUGAAGCUCCUUCAACAUCAAAAAUGGCGCCUCCUGAAAUGAAGCAUGAGGAAAUCCCUGGAUGGUCCUUGUCUGAGAUGGAAAAGAUGGCCAUUGAUCCGAUUCAACUGGCCAACUUAAACAGAGGGUUAGAUGAGGAAGAGGAAGAUUAUGAUGAAGAGGGAUAGGGAUAGUUUUUCUAAUGUGUUAGAGCACUUACUAACUCACAUACAAGUAGGCUUUGUUCUGGUCUUGUAGGAAUUAGUUUAAGUGUAAAAGAAAAAGGGUAUAGUUGUCAAUGAAGCUCAGAUUUCUUGGGUUUCUUUAGUUGACUUAGGCACCUGUAUUUAUAGUCUUCUGUAUUGUUCAGCAACAGCAUCUUAGGAGGCAUGUAUUUUAUUUCUUCUAAUUCAGAAAUAUAAUCUUGGUUGGAGGGUUGCAUUCAGUGUUCUCUAUUUUACCUUUUCAUUAAUUUGC